AUCCUCAGAGAACAGUCAGGCAUGGGCGACGCGCACUCGGGGGCGCGCACACAUAGCCGGUGACUCUCCUCCUCAUAAAAAAGCAGGAGAGAGUCCGGAUGCUCGGUACAUCCCGGGCUGCACGGAGAGCGGACUACAGAGGUGGUGCUGCUGCUGCUGCGCCGUGUUUCUGUCCUGUUCUCCUGAAGCCAUAUGACUGAGCUGCUUCCCAAACCAGAAACGACAUCAAACAAAACAAAUACAACCACAAACAAACGUAAGGUGGCGUUUUGCUGUACAGACAAUGGCACUUUCCUGGACUCUGAUCCUGGCGUUCCUGUUUGCCACCCUGGCGCUGUCAUACUGCACUGAGCCCGGAGUGCCUCAUGGCAAGAGGAGACAAGCACAGACCUCAGCAGGUAGCAGCAAUGCCCUACAGCACCCUCUGCAAGGUCUGCAGGGGCAUGGCUAUAGGGACCGUGGAGGACAUGGGAGCCAGGGGACCAAAGGUGGAGCUGGCCUGCUCUCCCACAGGUCCCUGCAUCCCCUGGCUCGGCCUGAGGACGAUGGGACAGGCCUGGAAGGUCUGAGCCCAGUGAGGCUGGAGAUGGGCCCGGGCAAGGACCGAGACAGAGUUCGAAUGAGUAUGAAGAGUCCGCCCCAGACCCGAGAAAAUCACCUUCUGGGGACUCGCAAGGGGAGGGGACACGGACACGGGACUGCUCAUGCGCAUGAACAACACCUUGAACACAGGAGACUAGGGAGUCGACGUGACAAGGGGCGACAUGGAAAAGAGUUUCCUCCAGAGCCUGAGCUGAGCUCUGCAUUUAAGGACAGAGAUCCCCCCUCCUCCUCCUCGACUACCUCCCCCUCCCGCAGUAGGGUGAUGAACGAACAUCCCCCAACGCUGCCCCCACCCUCCACCAAACCCCAGAGGUCUGGCCAUGGAAAAGGACAAGGAGAGGUGAUGCCAACCCUGGACAUGGCACUCUUUGACUGGACAGACUAUGAGGACAUGAAGCCUGUGGAUACCUGGCCGUCUUCCAGGAAGAAAGACAAGAGGCGCAGUAAGAACCUCAGCAGUGGGAAUGUGACUGUAGAAGCCGAUGCCAUCGAGCCGUGCGACCACCACCUGGACUGUCUGCCGGGUUCUUGUUGUGACCUGAGACAACACGAGUGUAAACCUCACAACAGAGGCCUCAACAACAAAUGCUACGACGACUGCAUGUGUGAGGAAGGGUUUCGUUGUUACGCUAAAUUCCACCGGAAGCGGCGCGUGACCAGGAGGAGGGGCCGCUGUGUAGUGCCAGAGUCAGUGAGCAGUGACCAAGGAGGCUUCAUCAAUAUCUGAGGAAGUGGAGGAGGAAGACAUGAUAGAGGAGGAGCCGGAAAGCAUGACCCCAUGACCACGCUGACAAGACAUCACACGGCGCUACUAACGGACCAAGUGCUUAAAAGUGACGGCCUGCUGGUUUUUCAAAUCGACUCCACAGUGUAAAGUGUCCAGAUGCCAGCAUCCUGUCAAUAAAAACAAAACAAUAGGUGAUUAAUCUGGAAAUACUCUUUUUUUUCAGCAAGUUGCACUGUUGGAUGAGCUGCAAAUCAUCACCUUUAAGCACUUACUGUAUAUGAUUCAGUUUAAAUUCAAACAUCCCCCUUAAUUUGGGUUUGUUUGUUCCAACACCACUACAGAAACAUUAUGAUUAAAUAAAGCCUGAGAAGUGGUUUUCCAAAACUCACUCAGUCCAGAAUGACAGAUUUUUAAGAACAUUAAUUUUUUAUCUUUUUUGAUUUGUUAGAAAAGAUUUGUUGGCUUGGUGACAUGUCACUGAGUGCAGUCUAUAAACAUCUCAGAGGUUAAAUGUUAACACUCACCCCAACUCUGACUACUGUUUGUUUGGAACAGUUUUGAUUUCUGAGGUUUGGUGAGUUUUGGAAACCCCUUCUUUGAGUCUCCCUCACUAUUUCUCAUGCAUUUGAUUGCCUGUCUCCUGCUGACCAGAGUCAAACAAUGUUUACAUAUCAUUCUUUAGCGCUGGUUAUUAUCUUUGAGUCACACAAAGGCUUGUACUGCUUCAGGAGCUUUCAGAUAAUCAAAUAGGUUGCCAGUCACAGAAAUUACACAAGAAGGACCUUGAAUUAGUGUCAGUGUGUGAACUCUCUGCUACAACUCACCCCUGAUGAUUCUGGCUCCCCAGACAAAUCCUAAAAAUGACUUGUAAAUGCUGUUUGAAUCUGCCGGCUGCUGUACUGUCAGUAUGAAUGUGUUCAAACACUCCAAAUGUACGUAACAGUAGGAUGAUAAAUGAAGAUGCUUGUUUCACCCUCCUUUUACAUUUUUAAUAUGUUUUAUUUAUUCUGUUCUUAAGCACAUGUUUGUCUGUAUAUGGUGUUUUUCUGCCUUUUUUUGUUUUCAUGAUUAAACACCAGGAGAAACAUUUGGUGGUGUGCAAGCAUUUUACACUUUAUUACUGUUAUUUGACCUUUUUAAUAUGGCGAGACCAAUAUUGAGACCUUAGAAUAGUCACAUAUGUUACUGUGUAGAAUCA